UUCGUCCCAUUUCCACCUUCAUGUCGAUUAAGUUAUACAGUAAAAUUCAUCACGUUCAAGAUACUCUCGACGAAUAUCCAUCCUUGGAUGGCCUUGAAAGUAAGGAUGGUCGUUUCCUACAUAUUUGUGGUGGUAAUGGUGAUAGUAGUGGUGAUAGUGGUAACGUUAGUGGUGAUAAUGGUACCGUUGAAACU